UUACUACGAUGGUUGGAACAUUACACAAUGAGUUCCCUAGCGAUCACUGUUUCUUUCCUCGUUAACCUUUGGUUUGCGUCGUUUUGUGGAGUCCGCGCGGCGAUGUACGAAAUCGCUAUCAAUAGUUUCGAGCCAAACUCAAAGACUGAUCCAGCCUUUAUGGACUACGGUACGCUACGGGUUGCGAAGAAAAGUCGCAACCUUUUCGUGAUCGCCGGAGAGUUUGAGUUUUUCACGAACAUGGACGACAGUACCAAGAUUGUGUACGAAAUUUUCUACGGAGAUAACAGCAAACCUUUGUUAAGUGGGGAAACUGGAUUCUGCGAAUCACUGAACCAUGAUACCAAGGUGAUGCGAAGACUACGUGAGUUGUCCAAUCUGCCUGGGACCGGUGUAUGUCCAUUUCCUAAGGGUAAAUAUAAUAUCAACAAGUACGAACUGGACGACAGUCAGCUUCCGCUGGCCAUCCCGGCCGGGAAGUACACACUAAGUGUAGUGAUGAUUGUCGAGAAUGAGGUUAAGGCAGGCUACAAAUUGUACUCCACAGUUUCAUGAGGAUUCCUUUGGGUUAAAAAUAUA